AGGAAAACUGCACCUACUUCAGGCACUUCAAUCCAGGACAAGACGCUGAGAUAUUUGAAUAUAAAACACAAAAAGAGUACAACAUCUCUGCUGCAGCCAUCUCCAUCUUCAGUCUGGCCUUCAUGAUUUUCGGCUCUCUGUGUUUGCUGGGAUCGUGUACUGGGAAAGGCAAAGGAAGAGACUACCUCCUCAAACCUGCCGGCAUGUUCUUUGCUUUUGCAGGCAUCUGUGCUUUCAUCUCUCUGGAGGUGAUGCGUCAGUCGGUCAAGCGCAUGAUUGAGAGCGAGGACACCAUUUGGAUUGAAUACUCCUACGCCUGGUCCUUCGCUUGUGCCUGCAGCGGCUUCGUCCUUCUCUUCAUCACGGGCAUCGCGCUCCUUGUCCUCUCCAUGCCCCAGAUGCCCAGGAAUCCAUGGGAGACUUGCAUGGAUGCCGAGCCGGAUCAAGCAGAGUGAUGCUGGGCGGGAAAAUGCUACCGACUAAAAUUUAUAGAGUUCAGAAGUUGGAUUUAGUUUAAGAACAAGAUGAGAGAUUAAAUAGGGGGAGAUUUGUUGCUGGUGUUUUAUGGAUCAUAACCAUCUUUAAAGCAAUAAAGGUGGGUUUCAAUGUU